AUGUCAUCUCUACCAUCCUCUCAGACCACCAUGGACUCACCGGACCCUGCAUUCAAUUAUCCUCAAGGACUGGAGAAACUAUAUAUCACCUUUCUCGCGCCCCUCGUGGACGAACUACGUCGGCUGCGUCUUUCGCAGGAACAACACAGCCAGCAAGUAGCAAGCCUUCUGUCACUGGUCGAAGAUUGCAAUGCCUGUGCCCACGAACCUUCCCCAGCCUACGAGACGCAAGAAAAACUCGAAGCUCUUGAUCAGAAACUGGAAAGCCUCAGUUCCCGCCUCGAGAACCUCGACAUGGGAAGCGUCAGCUUCAGCGGUACAGACAAGACAUCACUCGUCAUGAAUGAAGUCAAAGGUCUCCGCGAUUAUAUGACCGACUCCAUGGGUGAUAUCCAGUCGCGCCUGUGUGCGCUUCGCGAGGAUCUCCCCGAGCCAGAGGAGCACAGCAUCAAAAUUAUUAUUCGAGAUCCUGCUGAGAAGAUCGAUAGCAUGACAGUACAGGAACGUCUUGACGCUGUUCGUGAGCUCGGCAAUGCUUUCGCCGAUGUCAUUUCUGUUCAGUACCACAAUAAUGGCGGGCUAGUUACUCCUGAUGCAAAGCGCCGCGACGAAUGCUUUCUCCUCAUUUAUUUCGGAGCGUUUGAAACCGAACUUGAUGCCCGAAAGGACAUGAGUGGCGUUCGCAGUGCUUUUGAGCUCACCGACAAGUCCACUGUGAAGCCUCCAAUUUAUGUCGUCGAAAUUGAGAACGGUUUCCAGAAGGGAGCAAACCUACCUGGCGUAUCGCCACAGGCGAAACUGGAAAGCAUUGUAGACGGCGUCUUCCCUUUCGAAAUAUACGGACAUUUGAAACCCGUGUCUUCUUUCAACCACUGGUAUCUGGAAACGGAAAGUUUGCAGAUCGUUAUGAUGUUAGCAGACACUACAGUGAGAUUCAACAACGGAUACCAUAAACUCAUCCCUUCACUCCGUCAGGCCAGACCUGAGUUUUGCUAUAAAUGCGGGAAACCCGGUCACAAGAAGUCCGAGUGCACGCAGGAUGAACGGCACUGCAUGAAGUGCGGGGAAGACCAUGACACUGCCAAUUGUCCCCUGACAGACCGGAAGACCUUCAUCUGCUCUAAUUGCGGAAAUACGGGCCACGGGUCCUUUUCUCCAUUUUGUCCACAUACGGAAUCGGUGCAGGAGCACCACAGGGCAAGAACGUUCCGCAAAUAUGGCCCUUACUGGGCAAGAAUGAAUGCCGGGCCUCGCAAGCGCGGCAGACGCUCCAAAGCUGAAAAGGCUCUGCAAGAUGAUAUCGAUCUGAAGCGAAAGAGGAUAGACAAUGAGGGUAUUAGUCACGGAAAGGAGAUCGCGAACGCGAAGUCUGCCGGUGAACCUUCUUCUUCUCAGACGACUGUGGCAUCCAGCAGCUCACAGGGUCAAAGCCCGUCGCAAGACACCAUUGGUAGCUCAGACGGGAAGGGUGCCAGCAAUAAGAGCAAGGGUAGAUCGAACGACAAUACGAAGUCCACCGACAGUGAGGAGUUGAAGGCAAUUGCUCAGCCUGUCAUUCCAAUCCAAUCCCAGGCGGUGGUGAAUCCGGAGUCCCAGAUCCCAUCUGCACCUCUUCCUCAGGCAGCAAUUGUGGAAUCCAGCUCUACGCUACCUCCACCAUCUGGCUCCAGCUCUCGGUCCAAAAGGAACAACAAGAAGCGCAAGGCGGGUGACAAGAGGCAGGCGAAGUCGGGCGAAACAGGUGAGAUUGGAGCUGCGCCUUUAAACGCUGGAACAGGAUCCCAGGCAGUUACACUUCCCUCAGAGACUGUUCCAUCGUUGGUCGACCAGGCGAAGAAGAAGGAGCGUGCGAAGAAGCGCGCUGGGAUCAAGCGCAAGAUGGAUGAGUCGAAGUCACCAAGCGCUGCUGUGCCUGGAAAUGCAGGCAAUGCCUAA